AUGGAUUCUAUAAAAUAUAAUUAGAAUUAAAUUAUUUAGCAAUCAAAUUAAAGUCUCAAUAAAGAUUAAGACUCUUAAAACAAUUUUUAAAUUCCUUCUUGUUUCAGGCAGAUUGAUGAUCUUUACGACGAUGAUUAAGCUUCAUUAAGAAUUAUAGAAUAAUUUGAAAAUUUAUGUCUUGAAGUCGGUGAAUAAAAUCCUGAGAAGUUAGUCGCUAAAACACAGAAUAUGGAUUUGGAAGAUAAAAAUAGUGUUAUUAAUAAGGGCUAACAAGAAAAUGAUGGCCAUGGGCAUAAUAUAUAUUUAGAUAAUAAAAAUAAUAAAGUUAUUAUUUCAUUUAACAAAGAAAUUAAUUGCCUAACAAUCACAAAAUUCUUUAAAUUAGAGUAGAAAGAAAUUUAUGAAAAAGAAGUUAGUAUAAUCAAAGCUAUUGAAAACUAAGGGAUUACAUUACCUAUCGUUGGAUAUGGAGUUAAGGAAAAUUAGUUUUAUUAUGAAUAAGUAGCUGGAUAAAAAGAUUUUUUAAUGCUAAAAGAAGAUUUUAAAAAUCAAAAUUAACAUUUAUUUGAUUUCUUUUUAGUGAAACUUUUUAUGAAAUUGGAUAAGUUGCACUCUCUAGGUUUUGCUCAUUCAGAUAUUAAACCUCAGAAUAUAGUGAUUGGAUUUGAUAAUGAACCUUAUUUGAUUGAUUUUGGAGGAGCUGUGUAAUGCUAAAAUUAUAAAGAUUACUUGAAGCAGUUUACUCCAUUGUACAAUGUAGCGUAGUUUUACGAGUAAAAAGAAGGAAGCACUGAAUAUUUUAAGCAUAAUUUUACUAGUGUAGAAGAAAUAUUUUACUGUGAUAGAAUGCAAUUAGUUUUAUCAUGCAUCUACAUAAUUUACUGCUCAGAUUAAACGAGUAGAAAUAUAUUUAAGCAGAAAUAAUUUUAGAGAUUUAGAAAUGAAAAUAAUUGUUCAACUUUACUUGAUUUUCUAUUUGAAUUUUUAGGGCUUGUUAAAUAAUAGAAAAAUCUCGUUUAAACUGACAAAAUUAUUAAAUUACUAUAAAAAGAUCUAAGUGAAGAUAUCAAAUUUAUUAAAGAUGUAGAAAUAAAAACUUAAAAUGGAGCUUAUUAAUGUUUGAUUAAAAGAAUCAACCAAUACAGUAUCAAAAUGAUAGAUGCCCUAGUUGAGUUAUAUGGAUAAGUAACCUUAUCCGAUAAAUGCACCACUAUUUACUUCGUCCCUAAUGUGAGACAAUAUUAGAUAAUUUACAAUCUGUAUUACUAUUACAUAGACUACUUUUAAGGUUUUAAUCACUAAAACAUUAAAAUUAAUCUUAAUAUUUAUAAUCAUCCAUUUAAUAGUUCAAAUAUUUAGAAAUAAUUACCUUAAAUUAAACCGUAUAUUUACCAUUUAUCAAUAAGCUAUAUAUCACCUGACGAAUCAAUAAAUUGGAUUAAAUUUCAUGUUAGAUAUGCAACAUAUCAUACAUGCAAGCAUUUUAACUUAAACAAAUUCACUAUUGUAAUAAAUUCUCUAAAAGAUGAGUAUAUUGAGUUUAUUGAAGAGCUUGAUACAUAUAAUAUUAAAAAUUCAGAGAUUGAUUUCAUUCUUUUUAGCAAUGAAGUUGAAGAAAAGUAUUUUUAGCUUUAUUAAAAAUUGCAAGCAAAAAACAGAAACAAAUAUAAAUAUCUAGUUAAUUAUAAACCAGAUUUAGUGGAAAAAUAAGAUUGCAGCAUGAACUAUGUAGGAAUACUAUCUCAAGGAGAGGAACCUGAGCUAAAUACUCCAUGUGAAGGAAUAAUUAAAUUUAUUAGAUUUACAAAUGAUAUCAAAUAAAAGAAGUAUUAUUCAGUAGACUAAUAAGAAAAAGUCAAUUUAGAAUUAAAGAGGUCUAUUUUUAAUUCAUUAUUUUAAUAGAAUAUUUAAUACUAAAUGAACAAUCAAUAACUAUUAACAGCAGCAAAAGAUGAUCUAGUAAAAAAGUAAUAGCUAUUUAACAUUUGA